AUGAGAGCAAUCAUCGCAAUUUGCUUAUUGUCAGCUGUAUUUGCUAUCGACACAAAUAAAUUUGCUGUGCUUCUUCAAGCUGGUACCAGAGGAAAUGAUGCAGUCGAAUCUGUUUACAAUCUCUUAAGAGACCUCAAGACAGAGAAUGUUAAUGUCUAAGCUGCUGCAGACAAAAAGAAUAACACAGAUGAAGAAAUCUUUUCUUAAGUCAUUGGUGAUUUGACAAAUGUUGCUUCCCUUAACAAAUAAUAAUGGGAAUCUCUUGGUGCAGUCAGAGGAGAUGUUGAAGCCUAAAUCAGAGAUGGAUAUUAAUGGUUGGCUUGGGCUGAAUCCAGACUUGCUGAAAUUGAAAGAAGAAAUGCAUAACUCUAAGAUUAAAGAUGUUGGGCCAAUGGACUCUUUGUUAAAUCACUUGCUGAUCACGCUGAUGCCGUAGGAGUAGUCACACUCUUACAACAAGAUGUUGCUGGAUUCCUUACUAAUAAUGCUGGAGUCGAACUCGUUGAGAAAGCCCAAACAAUCGCUGACAAAUUGUCUGCAUACAGCCACCUCUUCCAAUAAGACGCCCUCUAGAAAUUCCAAUCCCUUGCCGAAGUUAAGAGAGACGGAACCACAGGAGAAUAAGUCCUUUCAAUCUUAUAAGAUUUACAAGCUGAAUUAGAAUCAACCCUUGCCACAUUAUAAGAAUAAGAAAUUCAUGCAGCUUUCGCUCUUGCCAAAUACGUUUCAGAUACAAAUGCCGAGGUUGCUUGGUUGAACUCUGAACACGAAAGAAGAACCGGCCUUGUUGAAAAAUUAGAAACAUAACUCCCAGCUGUUUUGGCCUAAUAAGCUAAAGCUCUUAAAUUAUGGAAAGAUUCCUUGAAUGCAGUUGCUGGUGCCACAGCUGAUCUUGAAGAAAAGAGAGAAUUCUAUGCUGCUGAAACAGUCAGAAGACAAGAGGAAAAUGCAAUCAUCGAUGUCGUUAUCCAACUUUUCAAGGAUUAAGUUAGAUCAUUGGCUUCAUAAACAUCCCUAAAAAGACAUUGAUGGAUUAUUCAUAUAAGAAUUUACCUUAAUUCAUUCUAAAAUU